UCAUACUGUAACAUUACUAACCAAAACUGUAAAUACUUGGCUUUUAUUCUCCUCAAAAACCUUUGUGCUGAAGAUGCAGUUUCCCAUGAACACCAGGAUAUCCUUUAAAUACUCUGUCAUUCACUCAUAGUUGGCCUUCCUGACCCCUAGUGGCCGUGAGGACGCAUGGCACAGUCAGAGGACGCACUGGGGCAGGAUCCUUUACUUCCCUUUACCCUGCAGUGCUGUGAAACUGUGUUCUAAUUACUUCCCUGAUGGAUUAAAACAUGCCAAGGAAUCGUCUCGCAGCAGGCAACCAUGUUACCAACGCCAAUUUACGUACACAUCUGUUCUUUGAUUUAAGCCCACCCAGAACCCCUACCGCACCAUUCUUGGCUUUUGCUGGUACAACAUGGCAUGUCGCAGGUAUCUCUGUGGGGUAAAGCCGGCUGUGGAUGCGAACUUCCCAUUUAUCCAUUUCUAUUUGUAGAGCGCCACGCCCUCCACAGUCGGCAGGAUAAAGUUCAACAAGUGUCCUCCUGCUUCACACCACCCGCAGCACCUUACCAAAGAGGGCCAGAGCCUUUUAAUCUAAAAAAAAAAAAAAAUCUCUGGACUUUCCCCUUAAUUGAAGAGCUUUCUGUUUAGCUGCUGAAUACUUUAAACUAUUAAAACCUCCUCAUCUCCCUCAAUAAACUGCAUUACUUAUUCGGACUUAGGAGGAGGAAGAGGGCUUUUAAAGAUGCUCUGCGCCCUUUUCCCUCUGAAUUUGUGAAGUGAGAGAGAGAGUGGAGAAGAAGAAGAAGAAGAAGAAGAAGAAGAAGAAGAAGAAGCGGCUGACAUCUCUAAAUUUAAAAAAAGCCCUCAACAUUUUUUACGUUGACAGCAAGAGGGCUCAUUGGGGGAGCGAGCUGCUCAGUUUGAAGCAUGGCUGGAUGUUGCGUAUCGGCGGAGGACCGAGAGAACCAGAGGAUCAACGAGGAGAUUGAGAAGCAGCUGCGGAGAGACAAGAAGGACUCUCGCAGGGAGCUGAAGCUGCUGCUGUUAGGUACUGGAGAGAGUGGAAAGAGUACCUUUAUCAAACAAAUGAGGAUUAUCCAUGGAGGAGGAUACACAGAUGAGGACAAGAGGAGCUACGCCAAACUGGUCUUCCAGAACAUCUACACAUCCAUGCAGACCAUGGUCCGAGCCAUGGAGACACUUAGUAUCGCUUUCUCUGAUCCCCAGAAUCAGAGCCAUGCAAACUCAGUGCUGGAGGUGGAAGUGGAUAAGGUGGAGGAGUUAGAUCAAAGCUUUGCGGCGGCCAUCAAGAGUCUGUGGGACGAUGCAGGAGUACAGGAGUGCUACGACCGACGCAGGGAAUACCAGCUGUCUGACUCCACCAAAUACUAUCUCACUGACCUGGAUCGAAUUUCACAACCCUCUUACUUACCUGACCUGCAGGAUAUCCUCAGAGUCCGAGUGCCAACCACAGGUAUCAUCGAGUACCCGUUUGACAUGGAGAAUGUCAUCUUCAGGAUGGUGGAUGUGGGGGGUCAGAGGUCAGAGAGGAGGAAGUGGAUCCACUGCUUUGAGAACGUCACCUCUAUCAUCUUCCUGGUGGCGCUCAGCGAGUACGACCAGGUCCUGGCUGAGUGCGACAACGAGAACCGUAUGGAGGAGAGCAAGGCCCUGUUCAAAACCAUCAUAACCUAUCCCUGGUUCCAGCGCUCCUCGGUCAUACUUUUCCUCAACAAGACCGACAUCCUCAAGGAGAAGAUCAUAUACUCUCACGUAGCCACCUACUUCCCUGAGUUCACAGGACCUCAGCAGGAUGCUACAGCAGCUCAAGAAUUCAUCCUGAAAAUGUACCAAGAACAAAACCCAGACAAGGACAAGACACUCUACCCUCACUUUACCUGCGCCACAGACACAGAAAACAUCCGCUUCGUCUUCGUGGCCGUCAAAGACACCAUCCUCAGACACAACCUGAGGGAGUUCAACCUGGUGUAAAAAGGAGCUGGAGGACAGGAGAGGAGACAAAGUGAUGCAAGAGGGUAGAAGGAGAGCCAAGAUAAGAGAAUUACAUAAAACAAAACUUUUUCUUGGCUGUUUAAACCAAGAACAAUCUGAUUUUACAUAGUUCCUCCCUGUUUACACAACCACUGACAAGAUUCUUGUUUUUCAUCUUUUGUGCCUGUUAAAGUUCAGCCAAAGAGAAUACGAACAUGUAUGAGACAAACUACUGUUUCUGUAGGUUGCAGUCUGAAAUGCAAUGCUUUUUUGUGUAUUGUGUGUACUUUGUAGUUCCCAUUCCAGCCUAUAUAGAAAUGUACUGUAAGAAAAUAAUACUUUGCAGCAGAAGUGAGAAUGUGAAAAAUAGUGUAAAGUCACAUCAUUGACCUAUUGUGUGGAUUACUUAUUUUAUUAUUUCUUGAAAUACAGUUAUCAGAAAUAGGAUCCUAGUGUUUUAACUGGUAUACAGUUCCCUCUCAUGGAAUGCUGUUUGUAAGCGUUCCCUUUAGUCCUGAGUUUUGUGAUUUAAUAUAAAGUAUACCAUUUUCUCCCUUGUCACUGAGCCACCUGUGCCUGCAAGUAGCUUAUUUACUCAGGACACUCAACACAGCCACUGAGUUUGUUUUAGAUGUAAAUGAUCCAGGUUGUGCUUUGAAAAACCACUCAACUGUUGAAAUGGAAAUCAUAUACAUGGUAAUUUUCAAUAAACAAUUAUAGUUA